UGCAACCACAACUGGCAGUGCACACAACAAAUAUGUAAUAAGUGAAGUUUAUGAAGGGGAGCGAGGAAAGCGGUAAAAUGUGAGCGGGCUGACAGGUGAAGGGAGUCAGGAUGAAGGGUCAGCUGCUCUCUGUGAUGAUACGGCUCCUGUUUGUGUGCAUCUUGUUGACAACUGUCCUCUGGUUCAUGUUGGACACAAACAACACGAAACCUCGCUGGAGGCAUCCGAAAAUUAAAAGUGUUCCUCGAUCCAUUGAUUCCUGUAAAACCUGCGGAGAGAACAUAAAGGCAGCCUUGAAGAUUUACUCUCAAGCCUGGGAGAAACAGGAAGGGAAUUAUCAAAACUUCAGCCUUCAGCUGAGCAACAAGUGUCACGGUUCUGAAAAAGCCAUCAUCACCAAGGUGAACACUCAGCUGGGAUCACAGAUCGUUUAUGACGGGGAGAGGAAGAGGAUCCUCACAGUGAACCAAGAGAUGUUGGACAACUUUCCAAACGAAAAUCCUCUCCCGAAUAAAAAAUGGCAGACCUGUGCUGUUGUCGGAAACGGCGGUAUCCUGGCAAACAGCAGCUGUGGGAAAAGGAUCGAUUCUGCUCAGUUUGUAAUCAGGUGCAACCUGCCUCCUGUGACAGACGGAUAUGAGAAAGAUGUCGGCGUCAAGACGAACAUCGUGACAGCAAACCCAACCAUCUUUCUGCAAAAGUACGGCGCUCUGACGGGACGUCGACUCCCACUAAUGAAGAAAUUGCAAAACUACGGUGACUCUUUGCUUCUCCUCCCACCUUUCUCCUUCGGCAUGAACACUGCCGUCUGCCUCCGGGUUCUCUACACCAUCGAGGACUUUGGAGGACCCGUCCGACCCGUCUUUAUCAAUCCGGACUACCUCUACAACGUCAGCCUCUUCUGGCGCUCUCAGGGCCUGAAGGCCACGCGACCGAGCACCGGCAUCAUAAUGGUGAGCUUGGCGCUGGAGCUUUGUGAGACCGUGCACCUGUAUGGCUUCUGGCCCUUCGAAGUCCACCCGUACAGUUUCCAAGAGCUGGCGAACCACUACUACGACAAUAAAAAAGCUACGUCGUUCCACGCCAUGCCGGUGGAGUUCAAACUACUGUUAGAGCUGCACAAAAAAGGUGUGCUCAAGAUGAACCUGGGGGACUGUGAACCCAACAAAGACUGGUCUGAUUAGUUAGCAAAGUGUCUUCACAUGGACUUUAAAUAUAUUUAAGGUGUUUUUAAUCCAUGAUUACAUGAGACUAUAUUGGAUAAAAGUUUAUUUUAACUGCAAAAUAAAAUCAAU